AUAAGUUAAAACCAAUUAUUCAGAAAUUACAAGUAAACAAAGGCAAGAGUCGCUGUUCUAAAUCCUAUUAGCUGUUGGCUUUGCCUCCACCCCCUUAAACCCUCUCUAAACCCCACAUUCAUAUUUCACCGCCAAUACCCAGGUACGGCCUCUUCAGCUGCUGGUUCUAUAUAUCUUGAUGAUAAAAUACCUAGCGAGUAUUGGCUGGCCUCUGCUACUUCUUUUGACUUUGGCUCUCAUUUGAUGAAGCACUUGAAUAAUUCUAUUUCUUCUGUUGGACAUUCAAAAUUUAGCAAGCAUAUCAACAACUUUAAGAUCUCUUCGUUCUACGGCAGCAAGAGGAGGUACAGUGGCUGUCCCAGUGGGUUUCCUCCUGGAAUAAUUAACAAAAGUCAUCCCAUUCUUCAAUCUAGUGGGCUUCAGCAUUGGUUCAAGAAUUGGCAACACCUGAGAAAGCAUAAACUAACAGCAAGUACUUUUAGUUUGGCAGUUGGUUUUUGGCCUCAUGGACGGGCAAGAUUAUGGCUAGAGAAGAUUGGAGCAAUUGAACCAUUCUCUGGGAACUUAGCUACAUGUUGGAGCAACAUUAAGGAAGAGGAAGCUCUUGAAAGAUAUAAGCUGAUAACUGGAAAUACAGUAUCCAAUCCUGAAUUCCAGGUGUAUGGGAAAAAGAACCCUGAGGAUAAUUGGCUUGCAGCUUCCCCUGAUGGAGCUGUUAACAGCUUUAUUUAUGGCUUGCCAACACACGGGGUUCUUGAAAUUAAAUGCCCUUUCUUUGGUGGUGAUAUGAACAAAGCCCACCCAUGGAAACGAGUGCCACUGCAUUAUAUCCCCCAAGCUCAAGGUUUGAUGGAAAUACUUGACCGAGAUUGGAUGGACAUGUAUGUCUGGACUGUUAAUGGCAGUAGUUUGUUUAGAUUACACCGCGACGUGGAGUACUGGAAUAUCCUGAAGACAGCAUUGUCUGAUUUCUGGUGGAAGCACGUUCAACCAGCAAAAGAGAUCUGCAAUAGAUCGGCGAUCACUAAUCCACUUGUUGAACUAAGCUCACUCAGGCCAGCCCCUAAGCAUGAGUUGCAUCGUUACAUUGUGUAUGAAAGCAAACUGCUUGUCGACAACUCAAAACUGUUGAUGCGGGAAAUUCAUGGCAAGUUGCAAAACUGAUGCUGGAAAGCAAGACAAAAUUCUAAUUAGCUGGAGAAACCAAGAUAUAAGUGGAAAACUUAGUCCCUACAGUGAGCUUCAGUCUCCAGUUUGGUAUGGGAUCAAGAGAAGUAGUUCGUUGAUUAGCAUGGGGGGAAUGGUUGCAUGUUCUGGAGAUGGAUACAUCUUUCCUUAAAUAGGUGACAAUCACUUAUGAAAAGAAACAAAAAGGAAAGUGGGAGAGUUUAAGAAAACCAUGAAUAUGGGACACUUACCAGGGAAUCAGGGUACUCAACUUUGAGUGCCCUGACUCGAGAUUUUGGAAGCUCAACCCGGAAGAGAAGAAUAUGAAGAUUGUGGUGGAAGCCGAGGGCUCGGGCCUAUAUCACUUUUAUACUUAAUCUAUGGAACAAUCGUUACUGAUUUAUUAGAGUGUAUAUAUAAGCAGUUCUAGAGUCUCAUUAUGUACCAUGAGUUUUUAUUUUUUUUUGUUCAUUGAUGCUGCAUCAGUUUUUGAAGAAUAAGACUUCUCUCUCCCUGCCCAUGGAUGUUGGUUACAUGGGCCGAACCAUGUAAA